UAGGUACAUCACUACAGUGACCAUGGAGGGAAUACGUUUUAUUAGUGUUCAGUUGAUAUUCUUCGCAUUCUGUUAUUACACUUAUGCACAAAGUGACAGUAAGUGGACAAUAGUCAAAGACCUCAAAACUCCAGAACUUGUGCGCGCUGCCAAAGAAGCUUUGGAGGUAUACGGAGCCGAAAAUGGCAAAAAUUACACUUAUCUUCAAGUGGAUUAUGCUAAGGAACAACUUGGACCUGGAAAACAUUAUAAAGCAAUAUUUGCCGCCGAUUAUGUUCCUAGAGAAGAGCAUUACUACCUCGAAUGUGUAACGUUUGUUUACCAAAGUCCGAAACCGAAACUUGAUGUGAUUGAAAGUAUAGAGUGUCAACGUCUACCCAGAGUUAAUGAGCGUUCAAAAUAAUGUCUAUCGUGAUAGACAGUGUACAUCUAUAGUUUUUUAUUUUAUCUGUACUUCAACAUAUAGAAAAAUAAAUUUUUGCUCUACUCUUAAAUA